AUGGAACGAUCAUCUUCUCAAAGAGACCUUCGAGCUGAGCGAUUAUCGCGAACUCCUUACUCAAGACCUGAACCCACGCGAUUGAGGAAAUCAGCUUCCAUGACUCCACUUGCAACGCUCAAAUCAAUAGUCAAUUACGUUUCAUCCCCAUUCACAAGAUCAUCAAAUGUGUUACCGACACACAACAAUGAUCUCGAUGUGAGAAUUACUGAUGUCGAUCAGAAAUCUGAAUCUGGCUCAGAAGAUGAAUGGAAUGGUGAUGCACCUGAACCAAUGCAAGGUCAAGACGUAUUUUCUCUUGCUUCUGCGGCAGGAAGACAAGGUGAAGAAUUUGAUGAAAGAGCUGCUGAUUGGAGAGCUAAAGGUGAGAAACCGGGCGGAAGAAGACAGUUAACUAGAUUAGGUCUAGAAGCAAAAUCUACAGUCAACGACUUAGGCCCACCGACACCUACCGCACCGGGACAUUUCAAUUUCUUAAAGUCAUCGCCAUCAAUGCCAGUCCUUUCGUCUACCAAUUCAUCAUCUUCACCGCAAACGAAACCCUCUUCAACAAUCAAGCGAGCUAUAUCACCACUUGUGCCUACUUCAUCCGAGAUCAAACAUUCAACUCUUCCUUCUCGUACACCUAUACCAUCUUUUGAAAGGAAUUCUCCCGCUACACCAGCUGCAGGUGUGAAUGGACUUUCUUCUUCAGCUUCUUCAGUAGCCCUUACAGCUUUCCUCGAAGCCAAGAAAGGUCAACAAAUGACAUCAGAAGAUAUCAGAGUCAACGAAACAUUGACUGAGAAUAUGAAAGCCGAAUCUCACAUCGGGAGUCCAACUAUAUCUGGCACGUCUCAGAAAUAUGGUGGAUGGGCGGCAGGAUCAUAUUCCUCUGGUAUCAAAUCAUCUCAAACAUUUGAUUCCCUCACCUUUACUCCUGCUAAACAAACGAAUGGAAAUAACCCAAAUACGCCAGGAACAGUGUUCUCAAUUGGUACAGGACCCAUCCUGACGCAACAACCUAGUCCGUAUAGACAAAGAUAUCUCGGACCUGGAAUGUCACCGAGAAGAAUGUUCCCCCAACACAAUAAAUCUUCCCUCAAACCUCUCUUUAACUUCGGUUCAACCGAAGAGGAUGGUAUUACGAAAGGAAAGAAACGGAAAGUGGGCGAGGAAGAGGAAAUGGAUAUUGAUCAAACCUCAUCAAGUACUCACUCGUCUGGUCUUUCGAAAGGUCUUUCAUCCAGCUCUUCCAUGCCUUCUCUCUCUUCUCUCGCGAGUCCCAUCAUAGCAGAUAAGGGCAAAAACAAGCUUUCCGCACCUUCACACACUCCUGCUAGACCGUCUCCCCUCAGUCGAAAUAUCGCUUCUCCAGGUUCCGUGACAUCCACUCCAGGCGGCGAGCAAGCUAGGCGGAAAGCCGAAGCUGAAGCGCUGGGCAAGAAACGUGCUGCAGAAAUAAUCAUGGAUAUAAUAGAUGAAGAAAUUGGUCCUGUUAUACCAACCAGAAAAGCUGAACCAGUAAUUUUCAAUCCUUAUGAUCGAACUUCCCUCAAUCCGUCUCCAGCCCCUGCUGUGCCUACAAGUCAAGCGAGUACAGCCUACGCGGGAUCUACACCCAGGAAAUCAAGUCUGAAAUCUUCAACAAGCUCGCCAGCUAGAAGAACGCCCACAAGAGGCGCUGCUGCUAAAUUGGAAUUGCAUAAGGAAGCGAUGAAAGGUAGUAAACCUCUUACUACAAUAGAGAGGAUAAAAGGUGUCCGACCGUGGGAAAAAGGAGAAUCACCCUCAAAAUCCAGCAGUCAAAUCGAAACGCCUCCACCAGACGAAGACAUCAUUGAGAUUGAUGAACUGUUCGAUGAAUCACAACCACCUUCUGAGAUCAACUCACCGGCACCGCCUUCACCUCAACCUAUCGUGCGAUCGGCUUCUUCUAAUAUCCCAACAGCUGAAACAUUCAAGCCUUUUAAUCCUCCUUCGAUCACCUUCAACACGCAACCAUUGCCAAAAUCUCAACCUGUGCCUACAAUUGGAUCAUUCGAUUCUCCAACCAGAGACUCAAUCAUAUCAUCUUCCCAAACAUCGAGUGACAACCUAAUUUCUAAACCCACUUUCACGUUCUCAAAACCAGCUUCAGCUGAAUCAAAGGAAAUUGAUGAUGUACCUCGAACUGGAGAAGAGAAAAAGACAGAACCUAGAUUAGAUACAAGUAAGAUCUACUUGUCAGCGAAAGAUUCAGCGUUGAAAAUCGAUAAACCAGCUUUACCAUUCUUUACAUUCACUUUACCUUCAGGUUCUCUUAGUUCAGCUAAGAAGGAAGUUUUGGAAGAAGCCAAAAGGAGAAUUUACACAGCGUUCACUUUCACUCUCACUCCAAGAUCGACCAUCACUCCCGCAUCCACUGGAAUUGCGCCUUCAACUGAAUGGACAUGUGAUCUUUGCAUGUUGAAGAACCCAGCUACGGCAACCGAAAAAUGCGAGAUUUGUGAAACACCCAAACCGGAUAAAUCAGCCUCGGCUGCCACUGCUACCCCAUCAAUCUCGUUCGGAUUAACAUCUAACCCUAAUACUGCUUCAGCCAGUGGGGAUUGGACGUGUCCUUUGUGCAUGUUACAGAACCCAGCUAGUGCGACUGAAAAAUGCACAGUCUGCGCAACUCUCAAGCCCGGUCCGAUCACAUCCACCAGCGGCAGUGGAUUUGGCGGGUUUAGUGGAUUCGGACAAGGUCAAAAUCCAGCUGAAGCCCAAAAGAAGAGUGGUGAGGAUGGAGAAUGGACUUGCUCAUUGUGCAUGUUGAAUGAUCCAGGUAGUGCAAAGGAGAAGUGUACCGUUUGUAAAACAUCAAGGUGA